UGCGAUGUAAUUUGUGAUGUAAACAAUGUGAGGGCAGACGACGAGGCGGCUCAUACUGGCACUGCUUCUCUUUGUAACAUGUCUUAGUUAUCAUACAUGUGUAUAGCACAGGUGUAUUGUUUCAGGUGUGGCUGCCGUUACCUCCUCCUUACAUCAGUUAUAUAUAGAGCAGUGUAAGAUCGUGUGUAUAUGUACACGUGGCUGGUGCUGGCAGGACCCAUAUACCACUGAUGUUACGUUUUCAGGUCAGAUUGAACAUGGCAUUGAAGCAUGUGUAGCAUAGUUUUGGCACGAGGGUUACAUGCCCUUGGGCUAGCAAGUGAGAUUGCUUAUGCAAGUAUUAGUUGUUCAAAAAGUCCUGUUCCUCUCUCAUCCAAACUAUGUUUUCAAGAGUCAAGAUUCAGAUAUCAGAGAUGUUUACACAGAAGAUGCAAAUCUUCGGUUAUGUUCCUCAAAACAGGUCAUUCACAGGACAGCGAUGAUGUUCUUGGAGGAAAUAACUUAUUAGAGGUGGUACAAGAUGUACCCCUCAGAAGAGCCAGUAGCACUGAACAUGAUAAAAAUGUUAAGGUAUUGCUUAUUGAAAAAUCAUCAAAACUAAAAGCUCUUACAAGUAAGGAAGCUCCACUACUACAUCAUGCCCAUGCAGGUGCAGUGGUAGACAUGAGAAAUGUUUCUGCAAUCAAAGGUUAUCUCACAAAUGAACAAGGAGCAGUAGAGGUUCACCUUCAAGUAGAACAGUUGUUAAAAGAUUCUCGGCAAUCAGUUCAAAGUACUACAAACAUACAGCCAUAUGAAGAUAUAGAAUAUUUGGAAGAAACAAAGGAUAAUGCACAGGAAGGAACACAGUUAGUGGGAGCUCUUCCUCCAGGAGCGUUGGAUUGGAAACCUAUGCAAAUCAAUGUAAGGAAAUUAGGCUCGUACUAUGCUGGUCUUUCCAAGAGUAGAUUAACAGGUUUAGUUAUGUUAACAGCAGUAGCUGGAUAUGCUAUGGCUCCAGCCCCUCUUGAUCCUGCCACACUGAUACUCUGUACUUUGGGUACUGGACUUACAUCUAGUGCUGCCAAUGCAAUUAAUCAGUUCUUCGAAGUUCCAUAUGAUUCUCAGAUGGACCGUACCAAAAACAGAGUUUUGGUCAGAGGUCUUGUGAGCCCGUUGCAUGCCAUUUGUUUUGCUGCUGUGUGUAGCACAGCAGGCAUUGGUUUGCUAUACUUGGGAACAAAUGGAGUUGCUGCCAGCCUUGGCACUAUAAAUCUGCUCCUGUACACCUGUGUUUACACCCCCAUGAAAAGAUUGAGCAUUGUUAACACAUGGGUGGGAGCUGUUGUUGGUGCUAUUCCACCCUUGAUUGGCUGGGCAAGUUGCACUGGAAAUAUAGAAGUGGGUGGGUGGAUUAUGGCAAGUAUUCUGUUUGCCUGGCAAUUUCCACACUUCAAUGCUCUUUCUUGGAACCUACGAGCUGAUUACUCACGUGCUGGAUAUCGUAUGAUGUCAGUAACUAAUCCAGCUUUAUGCAGAAGAGUUGCUCUUCGGUACAGUUUAGCAAUAAUUGGAAUUUGUACUCUAGCACCAGUGACUGAUGUUACAACAUGGAUAUUUGCAGUUGAUUCACUUCCACUGAAUGGUUACCUUGUUUAUCUUGCUUGGAGGUUCUACAAAGAUGCAGAUAGCAAGAGCUCCAGAAAGCUGUUUUUGUUUACACUUCUCCACUUGCCAGCAGUGAUGGUGCUAAUGAUUAUCAGCAAAAAAUAUUACAACAAAAAUAAAAAAUUGGAAACAGAGAAAACCCAUAGUUCCACAAUUAAAAAAUUAGAAAAUAACAGUAAAAUUUCUGAUGGUGUUAUUAGCUGAUAUUUAAUAAAGCUGAAGAACGAUUAUGUAAAAA